AUGAAGGGAAGGCCCCUGGCAGCCAAAAUGAAGUCUCUGCUGUCUGUGUGCGGCUUGCUGUUUCUGCUGGUCCUGACUGUUGCAGGUAUGGAGCUCACUAAGGGUCUGUGGGAAAAAGUGUUGAAUUUUAUGAUUGUUGGAUGCACUUUAAGACACAUUUUAGCAGGUGUGUUGUGUUAAAUGGAAAUGCUCACUUGUAAAGUUCCAUAUGUAUUUGAUUGGGGUCUUGAAGAGCUUUGUAUUUCUUGCUGCAUGUGGCUGUCAAAAAAAUUUGCAGUUUUUCAUUGAAGUUGAAAGGUAACCAUUAAGCAACCAUUCAAUACAACUGAAACAAAAGAAAAAAAUAGACUUAAGCUUCUGUAGUUUUUCUGUUCAGUCAUUGCUAUUCUUUUGCAUCCUUGUACAGCAAAAGUUGUUGCUAAUUAUGUGAAAGCCCUGACAGAGUGACUUGAACUAACCACAAAAAGAGGGAAAGCAAAGCUGGUUGGAAUGACUAGUUUUCCUACUAGACUGAGUUUGGUUUCAAUUGUGUGAAUUUUAGCGCUCAGGUGAAGAUUUUGGCAUUUAUACCUACUUUUUCCCAGGAUCUUAAAUGGUUAUCUUUGGUUCUAUCUGAAAUGAAAGCAUCUUUUUUUUAGAAAGAGGGAACUUCAAAUCACAUUUAUAAUACCAACAAAAGAUUGUAAAACAGCUGUUUGCUCUACUUGUUUGAAAAUAAGUCAGAUGGUUCGUCAUGCUUGGUUAGAAUACCCUUGUCUGUCCUUGCACUGAUUCAUUUUGGCCACUACAAGUUGCCAUAGUCAGGUGUCAGGCGUCAGUCAGACAAAGUCACCAGAUACUGUGGGCACUGGUGCCAUGCAGUGAUACACAUCUCUUCAAGAGUGUAAGGAAUGCUUACAUAUCUUCACAAACGUGUGCAUAGAAAAGCUCAUGUGCACAUCUCACUCUAAAGAAAAUCAAAAACACCAAUUUGAGUAUGACAACCCCCAAUGUCUGCCAUGAAGUCACUUAAUAAAGCCUCAUCACUGCAGAGCUGCUAAUCUGUCAUUCCAGUCAGCAACGUCCAUGUCUAGGGGAUGUCCCAGCUAAAAGCAGCAUGAGAGCACAGCUGAGGGCAUGUCGGACCAGAGAUCAGUAGCCAAACAGCUGGACUGUUUAAAGUUACAUAAGCAGAUAAUCAAGUGCUAUUAAAAGUUUCAGCAAAUGUCGAUUAAUUGAAGAAAGUUGAAGAGGCAACAGAUCCCUGCCACACAUGUGGUAGUGAAUUAAAACAGCAUGUAUAGUAAAGAUUAGACAGAACAUGACUUAGUUAAAGGCUGGAAUGUUCUUCUUCUUCUUCUUCUUCUUCUUCUUCUUCUUCUUCUUCUUCUUCUUCUUCUUCUUCUGUCUACAUGUCAGUGGUGGUUCCUGCUCUUUAUGUGUCCCAAAUGAUGCAGAGUAGCAAUCACUGAUUGAAGCUAAUUAGCCUUUAUAUAUUGAUUUAACUUCUAUUUAACCCUUAUUUAGUUAGUUUAAAAGGUUUUCUUUUUUUAAGGUAUACCUGACCAAGGAUGGUAGCACACAUUUUUUGCAAAAGACUGCAAGAUUAAUGCCUUGCAUAGACUCUUCACACUCAGAUAAGGUCAGUUUUGAAGUUUAAAACCUGUCUGUAGAUUGUUACAGUCAAAAGGUGCAGAAAACUGAAAACUGUCUUUCUUAACUCACUUCAGACUUUGGAAGUGACAAACUAAUGACUUUUAUUCUUUAGGAUUGAAGUAAAGCUAGACCAGGAUUUUGCCCGAAUUAAUUCUUUAGCAAAGAUCAGUGCUUGAGCCAGUGCACACUUAGAGAAGUCCAGCUGACCACACAGUAGACAGGCUGCUUGUCAUCAGUAUCAACGGUGACGCAUUUAUUGGGCUUGGUCUUUGCAGAGGUACCUAGUCACGCACAGCUGCAUACUAUUGCAGGGGAUACGAGCAAUAGUGCAGCAGAGUUGCAGGCCAGCCCCAUGACAAUCAGCGUGAGGAGAGGAGAGGAGGGCUACACCUCCUGAAAAUAGGAGUGGAAUUAUCCCUCCUUCUUUUCACCCUCUGACUCAUUGUGGGACUAUUUCUGUCUCAAAGAUGUACCGUACAGCACCCAGGCACCUGUCCCACUCUGUCCCUGUAAAACUGCGUACUACAUACAGUAGAGAGAGAACGCACCAGCGAGAUUUCAGUAAAGAAGUACACAAAGAUCUGCACAACACUCAACUAACUACCUGUAGAUGAAAUAUAGCUUUCUGCAAGUGCAUGUUGGCUUUGUUGCGAUAUUCCACAAUGUACUGGACCAAGUUAGAUAAAAACUGUUGAAAUGUUCACUGGGCGUCACUUCACACAUGGCUGACUAAAACACCAGGGGAAAUUUGGGGUCAUUGUCCCCCGCUGCAGCUACUGUGUGUGAAUGCAGGAGCUAGGAUAGAACCACCAAAGUUUCCAAUCCGCAGACACUCAGCCACAGCUGCCCCACAAAACUAGUUUUGAUGACAGAUUUUAUAAAAGUCUGAGCUGUAUUAUGGCAACCUAACUGAUGCAUUGAUAAUACACAUUAAAAAAUACUCAAAGAUCAAAUGUAGCAAUGCAAAAACAUAGACCUGAACAAUAAAUUUACUGUUUUAUGAGAAAGGACACAUUGAUGGCCUAGAGAGAGUUGUUACCCAACUCUUGCAGUUACAACAGGAGCCUUCAUUUUAAUAUCUUGUAGUUUAUUGGUUGAUGUAAAAGUCUGGAAACUUCACCUUUUAAAUAAAACCACACUGCUCUUGUCAACAGCCAGCAAAAACAGACACCACUGUAUAAUAUUUAGGCAACAUCACAGAAAAUGUUCAUGAAUAGAUUGUAAACUAAAUCAGUAAACUAGCCAUAAACUUGACAGUUAACUGUAAAGUUAACUGAAAGUAAACUGAAGCUAACUGAGAACCAAUCAGUGCAAAAAUAAAGUCUGAUUGAGCUACAUUCAUCAGCUGGAAACAGAAAAUUAAUGCAAAUGUUGCCUCAUGUUUGUUGCACACAGAAACUGCAGUUCGGCCUUUGCAAUUACAACUGUAUAGCAUCAUUGUGUCAAUGUGAAGUUUACAACUUGCGUCACCAGCCACGAAAGGCCAAAAAAAGUUUUAAAAGUUUGAGGAUAACAAUGAAAUAACUACGUAUUAUCAUAUUAUAACAAAUCAAGCUGUUUACACUUAAGUGCAAUCAAGCCUAUUAUUUCUAAUCUAUAUAAUAACCCAAUAUGCAACAGAGUUGAGUAACCUGACACAUAAGUCAACAAGACCAAGAGUUCACAUCAUUCUUGUCAGUGUGCUUAUAUGACAAUACUUACAUUCUGACAGUGAGCAGGUACUUCACCAUGAAAACAAUCAUAGCAAGUUAAUUGUUAUGCUAAUAUUUGCUGUUAAGUAAAGGGGUAUCAGUUUGGCUUAGCAGCUUAAUCACGUACUCUGCAAGGUGGCUUUAGACCUCACUACAGCGGUAUGAAAGGUUAGACUGCUUGGCUUUCACCAUUAGUUUCAUGUCUUUCAGGAUUCGACCUAACUGAUCUUUUAAUGAUGUAAUGUCUCACUUAAACACAUGUUAUACCCGACGAUGCAGUGAAUGUUUAAAUGCAACAGUAAGUCUUGUGGGGGCACUAGAGUAUCGCUUAUUAAGGUGAUCAUGAUCCAUUCUCAUCAUCUUUUCGACAUCUGCACUGAAUCCUUGAAAUCAAUCAAGUAGUUUUUCAAAUAUUUUAUUGCAGUACAUCCAACAAACAGACCCAUGAUGCCAACCGUUGAGCAAUCAUGACUGAAGCAGAAAAACUUAACAGGAAACUGUUUGUGUGCUAGUUUUCUGUUAUCACUCAGCACUGAUUGUUUCUGAGCAUAUGUUUGCCUCAUCAUUCACUUUGUAUCAUUUCAUCUUACAACUUGCAGGAUUUUCCCCCUCGCUAACAACUCAUCGCUCUUGUCUUUCUGACUAUUUGAAGCUGAUUUCAUCCAGGAUCAGCUCUACAGCAGCAGAGAAAGAUCUUUUCACCUUUGCUCCAUUAUUAUCUUGAGGACAUGCAGUGUGGAGAAGAGCAAGCUUGUAUCCAGCUACUAAGAGGCUUUCAUUAUUUGUAUGUUGUGCAUUUGAAAUUAAAGCUGUAAGAUCAGUGAAGCCUAAACCCUCUCACAUUUCUUCUUCCUCACACAUGGAGGAAGGAGAAUCACAGGAAAUCGAGCAGAUUAACCUAAUUAAAUUAAAAGCAAACACAUCUGAACGUGUUCAAAAACGUCUGACCUUGUUGUGUAAAGGCCCUCAGCUUUGAUAACCAUCUCUGCCCAAACACUUUAGGAUCUUGGCUGCUGCUGUUGUUCGUGUUUCGAUGCAGACAAUGCUGUAGCACUAUGUCUUUGGACAACAUCCAAGCCUUGGUCAUGGCUUAAUGAGAACAACAUUGUCGACAUGAAAGCCAUAUCUGUCCACCUAGGACUCUGCCAGUGUUACACAGGGUGAUAUGAUGGAUAUCUGCACAUCAACUCACUUUCUAAGUGGGGUUAAGAAAUGCAAAUUGAUGAGGAAGUCGACAUUUGUGCCCCGAAGUUCUUUUAAAGUGCCCAGCAGCACCACCUCAACGGAAAUGGUAUUGGGGUUAAAUGGACAAAGGGUUUCAUUUCAUCAGAGCUUACCAUGUUCAUAUUACAAUUAUCUCUGACCUGCCAUGACUUAAUUCUUUAGUCGCUGUUUGGACUUAGAAUGGUUAGAGUCAUGAGCUACACACCGGCCUUAAUGCAUAGAAAACACUGAUGUAACUUAAUUUGUGGUUUGCAUGCACUUUAGAUGCUCUGGGAAUGCAAAUUUGAUGUCUCUGGUUCUGACAAUCCCCUCAGGAGGUGAUAAGUAUAUAAAUCCUCUGUAUACAAGGGGUGACAAGCAGCAUCAUGAGAACAAAACAGUUUGAAGUGUGAUUCAGAGCCUUAAAAUAGGCCAAAGAGGUUGUCAAGGAGGAUGGGAACCAGAGGACAUGGAGUCCUGCUCUCAUCAUUAAGAAGAGCCUGGGAUAAAGUAAGAUAGGAUGAGCAUCAAGCCUUCCAUCCGGCCUGAAAUAUAAAUGAUCCUUUCUGAGAAGCAGUUGAUCCUGAAUGUAAUGACUCAGUUUCGAGGUUUUACACUAUUACUGUUAUACACAGCUGUGAAUGCCUCAUCUGAAACAUAUAUUAAACUGAGGUGUUAUGGUGUAACUGAUUGGCCUGUGAUCCUCCCUUGCAGGUAGUAACAAAGAAGAAAUGAGGGGUAGAGGGUAGCAAUGUUGGAGUUUAUCCUGCUGUGUGCCUCUUUCAUUUUCACAUUAAUGUUACGUGUCACACCAUUUUGGGUUCAACUCACUUAAAUUAAAUUGGGGCCAGAGUAAUUGUUACUUUUUGUGUUCUGUGUGUUAGCCUUAGACUGUAUAUAGACGCUUAGUAUAGUGAAGCUUCUGCAAGAACGGCACCCUCUGAUGACUGGCUGCAGUAUAGGUCAUAAAUCCCGGCCCCUCCAGCAAUUCUUAUAGCGCUGUGGACAAACUUUAGAAAUUUAUUACACGGAAUAUAAAUGUUUCCCCCCCUGUUUGCAAUGUUGACAUGUAGUUAUUUUAAGACUGGUUGUUGCUUAAGUCCUCUUUUUUCUGUACAGCUCCAUUUUUAAAAGUUAUUAGGGGGUUCAUGUUUUCGAUGAUUAACACUUGAUACAGCCAAUGGGCUGCGAGGAUUACGUAGCUUGCCCAAGGGAUACAUUGUUUGAGCCAAGCAUCAUCACAGCGACUCUACCGCCGAUUGUGUACAACGCUACUGCACAAUGUUGAUUUCAGGGAGUGGAGAAAAAAAACGGAAAUACAGAAAGCUUUUUGGCUUCAAAUCCAUAUAUUGGCAGAAGGCAGAGCCAAGUUGUCUAUAGUAUAUACAGUCCAUGGUUUGAACUGAUCAGGCAAGUACUUAAUUGGCAGUGAAGCCUGGAGUCAACCCUGGCUGCUGAUUGGUUGAAAGGUGUAGCAGUAUUGCCAGUAUUAGCCGGGUUUUCGUUUUAGAAGUUGUGUAGCUAUAGUUGCAAUGUGACCUUUGGCUGUGCUGCACAUAUUUAGUGCUGUUGCAGAGAUUAUGUACCUAUUGGUUUUGCUAAAAAUGCUCUCUGUGAAAUAUUGAAACAACAAUGUCAACCAUUGACUGUACACAAAGAUGGGCAUGCUGUGACACCGCUGAUGUACUGCGCUAACAUUAAAAGCCAGGGUCUGACUUGCCUGUCAGUCAAGUCAGACCCAUGCCUGAGUUUUCAUUAUUUUGCAAAACUAAUGAACUUACUAUCAUACAAACAAAUGAAUCAGAACAAAAAAAUCUGUACCAGGCCAUGGAUGUGGGAAUCUUAAUAUAACUGCUGAUGGAGUUUCCUCAAGUCAGCCCGAAGAAGACACCAUAGGAACUGCAGAUUUGAGCAUUUAACACUCCUGCACUAACUACGUUUUUUUUUUUUUUUAACCAUAGGAUGUUUCUGCUUGAUUGCAGUGGAAGAGUUUAUGGCUAUCAUAACAUGUUAGCCUCAUCCUUAGCAUCAGCCUGUUUGCUCAUGAUUGCUUGGUUGAUCCAGGAGCCUCACAAACAUUAAACCUAUGACAGCUGCCUACAGCUAAAAGUCUUAAUCCCACACACUAACCCAUGUUGAAACGUGAACUGCAGACAUGCGUUUAGUUGCCUCAUAUUACACAGUGUACCACUAUCUCAAGCUUCAGACCUCACAGGCAGUUAUUAUUAAAUAGAGGUCACUGCCUCGUGCUCCUCACUCUGGAUUGUAAACGUAUCUAAUGUACAUGCAUGUGAUGUUGUAAAGAAGGAGUCUCCUAUUUGACUGAUUGUUUUGAAACUAUAGUAACUGUAAUACGCUGUACGAUGCUGAACCAUGGUGACGUCUGAGAGGCAUCUGCACUGUGUUUGAGCAGCUUGUAAAUGUCUCUCUCAGUCUUUUAUUGACUUGAAGGAGGAGUGAAACCAUUUUUGCCUUUUUUAAGGAAACUGCAUGAAAUAUAAAACCCAAAAUUUUACCAAUUUGAGCAUUGAAAUAAAACAGUACUGUUUUUGUUGAAAAGAAAAAGUGAGUAUUUGAAAGAGAAUGACAAAUAAGAGCUAUGGAUGCCCCACAGAUUAGAAAGACUAUGUUGAACACAGAAGUCCUAAAUCAAGCCAUUUUGUGCUACAAUAUAUGAAAUGGUUAAAUACUUUGAUGAACACACUUUUGAAAUAAUUGUUCAUACAAGCAAUCUCAACCUGACCAGAUUCUUGUAUCAGACUUGCUGAUUCAAGUUCAAUUCAGUUGGAAAUAAGUUUGUCUUCAGGUAAUUUAUAACCAUAGAUUAAGAUUUAAGAUAACCGUAACCUUAACCCUAACCCCUAAUCCUAAUGUCUAACUGACAGGUACUAUUGAAGCAACUUUUCAACCUCAGGUAUUUAUCUUUGGUCUACACACAAAAACAGUUUUUACUGUUCAAAAUUCAUGAUUUAGGUUCAUCUCAAAAAAUGGAAUUGCCGAUUUUUUUCAGUUUUCAAAAAUGUGAACUGUCAUUUAUUCUAUCAUCAAGACAAGUAAAGUAAAUUGUUGAACAUGGAAAAGUUUUUAUUUUAGUCAUGAUGAUGACUUGAAGCUCAUGAAAAUCAGAAUUAUUGGUAGUAUUUCCUACAAUUAAUUGAAAAACAAUGUCCAACUUCUGACAGUAUAUACGUUUAAUAUUUCUCUUCAGGGAUCAAUUAAGUUCUUUUCUUUCUAUGCUUUUUGUGCUGGGCUGUGGCUCUGUUACAACGAAUUACUGCAUCAGUGUGGCAUGGAGGUGAGGUGUCAUGAAGGCCCAGUUUUGCUUUAACAGGCGCCUUCAGUUUGUCUAAAUCUCUGGGAUCGAUGUCGUUCAUCAUCUUCCUGACAGUACUUUAUAGAUUCUUAAUGAGGUUUAGGUCAGGCAAGGCUAGCCAAUCAGUGAAACAGUACACUAUUGUAACAUUAAGCAGGCCAAGAAGUUCUGGCAUUGUGGGCAGGAGCUAAGCUCUGCUGGAGAGGGAAAUCACUGUCCCCACAAAGCCUGUUUGCAGAUGGAUGCAUUAAAAUCUCUGGAUUUGAUAAAACAAGGUGGACAAACAGCAGUUGAUGACAAACUCAUCACAGCCUGCAGAAACUACUGGUGGCUCUUGAUGUACUGACACCUGGCCAGGUCCACUCCUUGUGAAGCUCUCUCAAGUUCUUGAAUUAACUUUUCCUGACCGUCUUCUAAAGGCUGCCGUCAUCCCUGCGGUUUGUGCAUCUUUUUUUCACCACACUCUUCCCUUCGUGUCAACUCUCCAACUCUGUGCUUCAAUACAACUCUCUGUGAGCAGCCAGACUUUACAGCAAUGACCUUCUGCAGUUUAUCCUCAGCUCCUCCAUGAUCGUGUUUGGGUGUAGUGAAGGAGACUGAGAGAUACACAGUGCUUAAACUGUUUGAAUUGUAAUUUACUCAAACUCAAAUUUAAAUAUUCUAACAUUUUCAGAUUAUUUUGAGCUAUAGACCACUAUUAUCAAGAUCCAAAAAAUCCUUGUUAGUCAUGUGUAAUGAAUAUAUUAGAUUUACUCUUUUCUUUAAAUGAUUUUUUCCCCCAUUAUAUUCCAAUAAAUUUAGAUACACCUGCGUAUCUAAAGCAUUCAAACUUGCAGUCAAGAUCAUGAACUUAAUAAAAAAAGGUUACUGAGGUGAUAAAUCAUCUGUGAAGUAGAGCCAUUUUUCCAUCCAUUAUAACAAGCUGACACUAGACAUAAUCCAGGUUCAAGGCAGUUUCCUUAACAAGUAAAGGCAAUGUCCACUUUUUGCACACCGUAGUACUACAAUAAUUAAAGAAUAGUUACUUCUUGAAAAAAAAUUCCAAUAAUCCUUCUAUAUUUGACAAAAGUAGUACGUACAUGCAACAAUAAUAUUUUAAAACAGUACAUUAUUUGGUGAUAUUCAUUACAAAGCCACUGUGUCCACUCAGCAGUCUCUUUUAAGAUCCUUCACACAACUGUUUGCUGCACACCAGCCUCAAAUAGUCAAAGCUUUGGUGUCACCAUUCAAGGAGGUGAAACCUGAGUCUUAUAUCAGGGAGGUGCUGAACAUCUGAUCUGCUCUGUUCUUGUCCAGUGACUGAGCGCUGAUGUAACAAACAAAGGUUACAGGUCUACAAAUAUCCUGCUAGUUUACACAGUUUAGUGGAAUGGGUCACAAUUACAGGGUCCUGAUUAGAGAGGAUUUCUAUACAUGUUUAUCAUGAGUGUAAAAAAAAAGAGACAUUUAAAUACAUAUAUAGAUAUAUAACAUUUUCAUUAGAUGUAACCUAUCUAAUAAUAUAUUUUCACAUUCCUCCUCUUUAGAUCUCCUUGCAGGCUCUUCCAUCCAUGAUGAAGAGCCUCUGGUACAUCUGCAGCUCCAGCAGCCCGAAGGAGACCUCUUCUCCUGUGGAUGUGACACAGCGGAGGAGCACGCCACCCAGUCCUCCUCCAAUGACACCCCAGCCCCAGAGAGGGCUAUGUGCCAGCCCUGCAUCAAACCCCCAUCAGCUGUAGAUACUGCAGAAGAGGAAGAGCCGGCCUCGUCUUCAGAGCCUGAAGAAGAGGAGGAAGAUGCAGCACCCACAGAGGAGGAUGCUUCAACUGUGGAGGUAUCAAACAAUGAAGUGGAAGAGGAAGAGGAAGGUGCUGCUUCCCAGGAAGAGGUAGAAGAAGAAGAGGUGUCAUCCGAGGAGGUGGAGGCUGUGGAGGAGGUGGAGGAGGUAGAGGAGGAGAGUGUGGUGGAGGAAGAGGUAGCUGAGGAGGUGGCAGCAUCCGAAGAGGUAGCUGAAGUUGAGGAAGAGGAGGUGAAAACUGAGGAAACAAAGGAAGAAGGGGAUGAUGAAGCUCAAGAGGAGGUUGUAGAAGCUGAAGAAACAGGAGCAGAACCUGAAGUCGCAGAGGCACAGGAGGAAACAGAGACGGCUGAGGAGGAAAGUGUGGACACUCUGAUAACUGACACUUUGGAGGAGGAAGAAACUGCUGCUGAGGAAGAGGCUGUAGGGUCCAGCUCUGAAUCUGAAGAAACAGAAACAGAAGUGACGGUAGAGCCAGAAAUAGAAGUGGUUUCAGAACCUGAGCCUGAGCCUGAGUCUGAGUCUGAGUCUGAGUCUGAGCCCGAGCCCGAGCCUGAGUCUGAGCCCGAGCCUGAGCCUGAGCCUGAGUCUGACUCUGAGUCUGAACCUGAGCUUAAGCCUGAGGUAACUGCAGAAGAGCCUGAAGUUGUUUCAGAGCCAGAAAAAAUACCAGAGCCUGAACCAGAACCAGCAGGUGAAUUGGUUGAACCAGAGGAGCCUGAGCCAGAGGUCAAUUAUGAACCAGAGGUGGUUUCAGAUCCUGAACCAGAACCAGAAGAGAUUGCAGUAGCAGAAAUUGAAGUGGUUGCAGAGCCUGAACCAGAACCUGAACCAGAACCAGCAGUGGUUCCUGAAGUGGAGUCAGAGCCUAUUGUGGAGGAGGUUUCACCUGAACCUGUACAGGUUGUGGAGGAGGAACCUGUUGAAACCUCAGUGGAGGAGGUCCCUGUGGUGGAGGAGGCACUGAUAGAAGUUGAGGAGGUAACGGUUGAAGAGGAGACAGUAGAAGAGCCUGCACAGCCUGAAGCUACAGGUACAAACACAUCAAACACGAAGGCCCUGAAAAUUUAAAGUAAUCUGAAUGGAUUAGAAAACAGGUUGGUCAAAAUAUAGAGAUGUUUUUUUUUUAUCUGGGUAAAUUUUUGAAUGUACAUACAGAGAUCUGGCGGGCCUUCAUCUCCUUCUGUUGUAAAAACAAAAAAGAAGAACCAGAUAUGGUCUUGAAUCACCAAAUAACCAGUGUGACAGAGACGCUGAGGUGGACCUCAGGGCAGACGAAAAAAUAAAGGGUUUCACAAUCUUAAACCUCCUGAUAGGAGAACAAGACCACCAGGAACAGGACAGAUAAUUUAUAUUUUAUCAUUUUUAAAGCCUAAAAGGGGUGAGAGGGGCAGGUGUACACAGAGCAGCUGAAGAAACAACCCUGUUUUAACAAAUGCAGCACAAGAUAUCCAAAAGAAAUGAUUGAUUGGACUGUGAAAAGUAAGCAGAGAGAGGCUUUUUAUAAAUAGACACUACUUCUGCAUGUAGAGGACAAGAUAUGCGCUGAGUUGGACACAGACCAAAAGUUCCUAACAGGAGCUUUCACAUACCUUUGAAAUAGCAGCUGUUAUCAAACAUAUUGUAUUAAAUCAAAAGUGAUUUGGGGUUAUUUGGUUUUUGGUGUCCCCUUUAUUUUAAAGUGUGUAUUUGAGUAGCCUGUUCAGUUUUCUCUGAAAAACUAUGACAAUGUUAAACCCAGCAAAGACAGGUUUCAUUUCAGACAUUAAAAUAACUGUAGAGAAAUGGUCACUCUUCUUAUUAAUAGUCUUAUUUUAAAAUGUUCAGAUCACAAGGGGACCUCAAUAUUAAUCUAAUCACUUUCACAACCAGCUUAAAACUCCUCAGAGGAGCUUUAAAGCAGUAUAUUUCAUUAAUCCAUAUGUUUGAAAACCAAUGAAAGGCUCCACUUAUCUGUCAUCUAAACCUUUUAGCUUUUUCUUAUGAGAACUCAUGAAAUAGUCUAUUUGGAAAGAUGACUCUUGUUCCACUGAGCUGCUUUAAUUCAGACAGGUCAUAAAACAACAAACAGUAAGAUCCUCUCUUUUCUUGUCUUCUUCUCUCUGACAUGCCACAGCCUCAGAAUCUGACACUGUGCGUAGCUGGAGGGGAAUUAGCAGCAACCUCUGGUCCAGAAAUAAACAAACUAAAAUAGCAGAGGAAAAGAACAGAGAUGGAUGGACAACAGCCUGAUAUAACGGUCAUGUCUGUACUCAGCACAGAUGGUGUGGUCACUCAACACACAGGAAAUCAUUUACCUGAGGGGAGCGGAUUUAUUCUGUGACCUUCUCGACUGAGGCUGUACUAAUUAUCUUUGACAGCUUUAUUGGGUUACAGAUUGUGGUUCAUUUGGUGAAAUUAAACCCAUAUUUCACUGGGAUGGUAUGGAAUAGAGGUCAGCCUUACUGUUUUUUCAGCUAUAAGAGGUCACAUGUUUUUGUGAUAUCACAUGAUUGAAUUAAACUCAAAAUAUUUCACAUAUUGUAGAAAUCACUUAAAGAGACACAAUUCAAAACACAUUUUCCAAAUCUCAUUGAAUUUGUUUGGUUUGUUAUUGGGAGUGCUGCUAUUAAGAAAAUCAGCACAAGCCAAUUCCACUUCUAAUGUUUUUCUUGACUCAAACAGUGAUGCUCUUUUUAUUUUUGUUGCCAUUAAUUCCUCAUCUGGACCACAGGGCCAAAUAAUACGUCAUUAUAAAGGCAUAGUGUGUACAGUCAUUCAGACCUUAAGUUACACUCUUUAAGUGUGAACAAAUUCAGCUGUGCUUCAAAAGACUCUUUAGCUGCUCUGCAGUCACAAACUUGACAAGCAGCAACUUAAAGCCUCUUACAGUCCAGUAAAACCCUACCUCCUUGUAAAUCAAAUACAGUUUUGGUAUGAUAGAAUUCAAUGCAAAUAACCUGUGAAAAGCAGUAAAUAAAAGUAAGAUAAGAGUGCAAAUCACAAAAAUAAUAGUGCUAUCAUCUAUUUAAUUUAUUUUUGAAGUGUACCAUUACAAAAUACUGUUUUACUCUUUAAAAAAAAAACAUUACUGCUAUAGGCUAAAACCUUAUAGUCAAAAAUGAUCCACAACAGGGAGCAAUAAAACUGCAUUACCUCAAGUGUCCACUUAAGGCUGGCUCUGAAAGCAAUGGGACCCCAGUUAACACCCACGUUAUGACACCUAUUUUCAUUUACCAAUUGAACAUGCUGACAACCAGGUUUAAACUUUUUGUCUUGAAUAGCUCAUUCCUGUAGGGGAGUGAACUUUUUCAUAACCCACUUUUAUUAUUUUUGGCUGGGAGUUAUGCAUAAGAUGUUACAAUGUUACGCACACAUUUUUGACUAUACUGAUUACUGAUUGCAGACUUAUUAGCCAAUAUCUGUCAACAGGAAGAGUGUUAACCCUUACUGGUGCUCAGCCAAAACACCUGUCUGUACAUGUGUGUUUGUAACAAUUCCAUGGGCACUGUAAGUUUAACCCAAACCUUGGAUCAUUAUCUGUAAGCUGAUCAUCUGUUUCUUAGAUUUCAUGUUUUUUAACUUGUGCCAGUUCUUAGGUGUGAUUUCUAGUGAUGUGAUAUGUCAUUUCUGUGGUUCAUGCUGAGCAUGUUUAAAAUGUUUUUUUUUUCUUUUUUUUGUCUUGUCACACCAAAAAGAUAAGUUUUGGCUAUGCUAAAGUUAAUGGGGAUCAUAAACGUAACAAACAAGCAGUCUAACAUUCAGAUAAAGAAGAACAUGUCAGGGCUCUUGACCUAACAGUGACAGAUGACUGACUUUCUGACCCCCAUUCAGAGCCUAAGGAAGCUGAGGCAGCAGGCCCGGCUCUGAGAGAUCACUCCCACAUUGAGAACACACUGCGAUUGGUUGAACCAUCGGCUGAGUUCUCAGGUAAGAGACAAAGACAGCUGAGAUGAAACGACAUGUGGAGCACUGGAUUGUUCUCAUCAGCACAUUCACACUGGGAGUGUAAUAAUAACAUUUCUGUGCUGCCCACCAUUUCAUAUGUCAUUCAGACCUGGAAAUGCCUGAAGUGUUGUUCUGAAACAAAAAUGCAGCCAAGUGUUUACAGUAACUCUGUCAGUGUAAAAGAAAAACAGAUGUGUCUGCCUGUGAAUGAAAGGAAGUUUCUGACAAUUUUGGGAGCUUUUUCAUUGAAAGUACUCUGGAAAUUGCUUCAUGAUGUCUAGUUUCUGUGGCUGGUAUUUGAGAGUGGGAGAGUUUGAAUACGUUUGUGUGUAUGUGUGCGAGCGUGCAGACACGUCUCGAGGCAAGGUGAUUAAUCAGUGCAAUAGUGUAACUCUGUCCUGGGCAUGAAAGCCUCUCUGUUCUCUAAACCAGAUCGGUUCGUUUUGGAGGGGCCACGGUGCAGAGCCAGUCUGUGUUAAUCACCUCAGCUCCAUUCAACAAACUUUAUGAGGGUGAUUCAUCAUGGGCUGCCAGAGCACGAGCUGUAAUCAGUGAUGGCUGCAAGAACAUUAUAAUUCUCUUGUCCAAACUGUUGUCUCGCCAUUUCAUUCCAGUUAUAACAUCCCACUUUCUCUUUUUCCUUCUCUCUAGCUGCUAUGGAGAAGCUCCUGAGCAUCUAUCACACUGCCAUCAAACCAAUGGAGCAGGCCUAUAAGUACAAUGAGCUCAGACAGCAUGAAGUUACAGGUAAAUCAGCGUCUUAUAAGAACGAAGUCUACAGUCAGAUGAUAAGGAAAGCACAGAGGCAUUAGUUUAUGUAUUUUUUAUGCAAGGGAACUCUACAUUAGAGCCCUGACAUGAAGUGGAGAGGUUUUGCUCACCCUGUGAGAUUCUAAUUUGCAUUACCACCUGUUCACCAUGCAUUAUCCUACUUAUUACCUAGCCAUCGGCUGAAACCAUAAACAUCAUAACACAUAAUAUUAAGUUGAUCUUAUUUGUGAUAAAUGGUUCAAACUCUGUUAAACAAUCUCAAAUUUCACAGUUGAUAGUGUUUCCAUGGCACCAGGUUCUUAUCAGUCUACUUAGGGAAAAAAAAAAAACUUUACAUAUUGAAAAAAAGUCAAGCUUAAACAGUGAACUGAACAUUUCCUCUGAUGGUUAAGUCGGAGUGAAAAGGACUUCUGCAGGAAUAUUUAUGAUAAAAACUUCUGCUCACUUUCUUCUUGGGACUUUGACUUUUGAACAUAAAUUAAGGAUAUAAAAUCCCUCAAGGUUGCUGAUCGAUAUGCUUCACUUCUAGUUACUAUAAGCAAUAUGCAAUUUAGAAAUGCUCUCUGUUGUCUGGAUUGCAGGACAGGAUCUUAUAAUGACAAAAUCCUCCAGGUUGUUUUGCUUAUCAACUUAACAUGGGGCCUUAGAUUUUUUACACAGUUUUAACAGGCAAGGGUUUGAUAUAAUGUAUACGAUCUGUUUGAUAUUUACCUAACUUUCAUAACUUUCAUUAAAUUUCAUAAUUAAACUGAACAUAUGAAGACAUAGUAGGAGAAAAAACAAACUUCCCAAAACCUAAUUUUAGAAGUAUAUAUAAGCAAAUAUCAAAUCUCAACAGGGUUUUUAAGUUUAAAUCAUCUGCAAUAUGAUGUGUGUCUAUAAACUCUUGACAUCUGGUCAAUUAUUGUAAUAUACAAAUAACUUGUGAUCACUGAAAUGUAAGGCUCUUCAGUCAUUGUGUCAGACAGGUUCAGAAAAACAAUAUACGCAUAACUUAUUGAUAAUCAGCAACUCUGUUUAUUUUCUUCAUAUCAUAUAUAAACUGCCUUUAAUCAUGAAAGGUAAGUUAAGAACAAAGUCAGAUUCACGCAGAAAAACAACAAGAACCUGACAUUAUUCAGUUCAGUCUCACAGAGACAUACAAUAAGUCCUCUAUGUGCUGAAAGUUAGAGGAAAUGUUUUGUGGGCCAGACUCCCAACAACUUUGUUCCAUCACACAGGAGAGUAAGUAGGAUUAGUUUUGCUAAAGACAGGAGCUGGAUGGAGGCUGCAGUCUGAGAAACGGGACUUUGGGACCCCUUGUGGUGGAGAAUUGAAAUACCUAAGAAUUCAUAUGGGAUAGGGUACAUGUAUGUUCUGGAGAUUUCAUUUUGAAAUUUUGAUUUUGUCCAGUUAUCUUCUCCAAGUCAUUGGAAAAAUUAAACAUUAAAAGAUUUACAACUAAAUGCAUGUGCUAUCUGAUUAAAUAGGUCGUGUCAUGAGCAAGGAGCCUUGUGCAAAGUAUCGUGAUUCAACACAAAGAGUGAAAUGAUCCUGCAGAUUCCCACAUUGUUUUUUGCUCUGUCGGUCUCGUCUCUACCUCUGCAGAUGGUGAAGUCACAUCUAAGCCCAUGGUUUUGUUCCUGGGACCCUGGAGUGUGGGCAAAUCCUCAAUGAUAAACUACCUGCUAGGACUUCAUGGCACCUCACAGCAGCUCUACACAGGUUCACCCUGAGCACACCUGACUGUUUGUGACACCGUUUAGCGCACACAGUUAGCAUUAAAAAAAAGAAAUACAAUUAAAGUUUUUUAAAAAUGACUGUGAAUGACAAGAGUAGCUUUGAAGUAUCACUUUUCUCUACUUUAUUAUCAUGUUAUAAUUAAAAGCGUAAUGUAGAAUUAGCUAAAAUAACAUAAUUUUUCACUUAAAUUUGCCUAUAUUUAUCCAUUUAUUUCAAGUUAAAUACUUUGAUUUAUUCUUCAGAAGUUACAAAGUGUGGCUUUUAAUGCUACUAGGCUGCAACUGGCCUAGUGUAAUGAAGUGAUGGAAUAUACAACAAAAAUCACCCUCUAUACAACAAAAUUAAUACAGAACAUUAAGUUUGGUUUGUCUUUGUUUACAUACAGUGUCUCUGAAAAAAUAUAUCUGCUUGCCAAUUUCUGAAUGAAUUGAUAAACCGAUUAUUAGUUAAAAUAGAGUCACAAAUACAAAGUAAAUAUAAAGGUGUUUUUGUGUCAAUUAAUGCUAUGUGGCAUAUCUGUUAUCUAAAAUGUUGCAUUGCCUGAGCUAACUUAAGUUUACAUAUAUUAGGUCAAAUGAAACUGAGCAACAAAUGACUAAUAGAUAUUCUACAUCUAUCACCACAUUCACACCACAGGUGCGGAGCCCACCACUUCAGAAUACACAGUCAUAAUGCACGGUGAGAAGUCUCGGACUAUAGAGGGCAUCGUCAUGGCAGCUGACAGCUCACGCUCCUUCUCUCCUCUGGAGAAGUUUGGUCAAGGCUUCCUGGAGCGUCUGGUGGGGAUCGAGAUGCCCCACAAGCUAUUGGAGAGGGUCACUUUCGUCGACACACCGGGCAUCAUUGAAAACCGCAAGCAGCAGGAGAGAGGUGACCGCUGAAAGAUUUUCAUAACAACACUACAAAAAGCCGGCAUUUAUUGUUUCAUGGUUGUGUACAAAAUUCCUAUCUACCAGCUGUAGAAAGGCUGUUAUACAUCACCUGUUGCAUCAAGAAUUUUAAUUUAAAGCCAUAAGUCAUAUAUCUGAAAUCUGAUCCAUUAUCUAUUGUAUCUCUUCCCUUAGGUUACCCCUAUAAUGAAGUGUGUCAGUGGUUCAUUGACCGAGCUGAUUUGAUCUUCCUCGUCUUUGACCCCACCAAAUUGGAUGUUGGCGGGGAGCUGGAAAUGCUCUUCAAGCAGAUGAAGGGCCGCGAGUCCCAGAUCCGCCUCAUCCUCAACAAGGCUGAUAGUCUGAGCACUCAGGACCUGAUGAGGGUGUACGGAGCCUUGUUCUGGAGCAUGGCCCCUCUUGUUAAUGUCACAGAACCUCCUAGGGUGUAUGUCAGCUCCUUCUGGCCUCUGGACUACACUGCCGACACGAACAAGGAACUGUUCAUAAAGGAAGAGACCUCUCUGCUGGAGGACCUCAACCAGGCAUGACUUCAUUUAGUAACAUUAAGAAUUCUUCAUUUUAGAUACACAAAGAUAGAUUUAGUGACUUAAAGCCAAUUUCAUUAAUCAUCAAUGCACUUUCAUGCGAUUAGCACUCAGUGAUCAUUGAUCAGGGGUGUGUCCAGACCUUCAGACUGGGGUGGCCAAACUCCCAAUAACUUAUGGAGGGGUGGCACAAAGUUAUUGAACCCUCUGCUUUUCUCUCUCAGCUGAUCUUAUUACUACAAUCAAGGUAUCUUCUUUUUACCUAGAGUUGUUAAAUGUAAAAAACAUCAACACAUUCCUCCUAAAUUGACGAUAAUAGCAACAACAAAAGAAAAUGUGACACGUUAAAAUUUUUACGAUUACAAGCAGUCUUCAGCAAAACAGCCCAACUAUUUGAUUUGAUCAUGAUUUUUACCUUUGACCGAGCAGAUACAAAAUCAUCAACAUUAAUUAUUUGGUGGCAUUUGGUAUUGCCAGUCAGAUUUUCAAAUAAAGCCCAGAUCACUGCCCUGACUCUCAUUUGUAAUCACAGUCAUAAAUGAUGUGAAGAUGACAUUUUUAUUGCUCUGCAAACACUUCUCCUCUCUAAUCCAGAGUCUUUUUCUUUCUCCAUAUCUGUCUCUCUCCCCCUCAUUCCUCUCCUCCUCUCUCUUCAGGUGAUUGAGAAUCAAAUAGAGAAUAAGAUCGCCUUCAUUCGUCAGCAUGGCAUCCGUGUGCGCAUCCAUGCUCUGCUGGUGGACCGCUACUUACAGACCUACAACGACAAGCUAGGCUGGUUCAGUGACCCCUACGAGGUCUUCCAAGACAUCGUCAACGACCCAGACAAGUACUACAUCUUCAAAUCCAUCCUUGCAAAAACCAACGUCAGCAAGUUCGACCUCCCAGACAAAGAGGCCUACCAAGACUUCUUUGGUGUGAAUCCAGUUUCUGGCUUCAAACAGCUUUCGUACCACUGCAGCUGGAGUUCUGGCUGUUUGCUGGACAAGAUCGAGAGGGCAAUCUCACACGAGCUCCCAGCUCUGCUGAGCAGUGUCAGCAAGGCUACUGACAAGCCUGCACCCACAAAGGCUGCACCUGCUCCUCCGCCUCCAUUCCCUGGCACCUGUGAAGGUCCAGGGUGUGAGGAGAAACCGAAGAAUCGCUGGAGGAGUCAGUGAGAUGGGGAAGAGAGGGGAACAGGGGAAGGAACAGAGGUGGCAGAUGGCAGCAGCCAGAGGGUUUCCUGAGAUAAUUCCCGCUGCUGUAAUUUUUGAGGAGACUGAAAAAGGGAAGAGAAGAAGAGUAUGAAAUGUGUAAGACGUCCUCAGCAGACCUGGAUAAGAAGGCCUAUUGGUGCUUGGAGCAGCAAACAGACACCCUGUAAUGUUGGCAGCAGAGUAAAUCUAAUGUAACCCUCUGUGGUACACAGUGUUCUUGAUGACAUCCCUUUGUUAUCAGGCUGGUUAAUUUUGUCAAAAAAAGAAACUCAAAACAGGUGUAGUAGUUUUUCCUCCUUUUUUCAAGUUUGUAUAUUAUUUAUUCUUUUUUUUUUCUUCAGAGAAAGAAACAGACAGUGCUUAAGAAAACACUGCCAUUCUUUUGUCUUCUGUGUCAUUUUUGAAGGCUGAAUGUUCAAACAAACUGCUGUGCUGUGUUUUACGUUGAAACCACUGUAGGUUUUUACUAUGGCAGGGAGCGUAUUUUCAGUGCUGGGACUUUUACAUAGAAAAAAAAGGAUGCUCUGAUUUUUUUGUAGCAGCAAAUCAGCCACAUUUAGUCACUGUGCUGAAUCAAACACUGUACUGUAUUUUUAUUUAUCUGUAUUGUGCUAUAAUGUGUUCCAUAAAGAAGCAAAAUCUUAAAAUUUGCUCUCUCUCAUUGAAUACACUCUUUGUAUUUCUCUGAAAACUCUGUAGCUCUCUGUUCAUGCCAGCUUGAAUUUGAUGCCUCUGCAGCCUCUCAGCCCUCUGCACUGUGGCUAGUUUUACCUCAGCACGGCUGCAGACCACAUGGGCAUUUCCAAAAAUCAAAUCUUUUCCAUGUUCCUGUAGUUCUGUUUGUGAUCAUCUUUUUUCUGAGUGAUUUCUUUUAAAUAAAAACUCUGAAAACCC